CUGAAUGGAGGGGAGGGAGACGCCGCAGGUAGUCAGCGGCAGUUUUACAGCAGCAUCAGCGGGAAGAGGAAGAAGAAAAGGAAGAAAAAGAACAAGGCUAGGUCCAAAUUAGCCGCACCUGGGACGACAAGUGUCCCCCACAAAGUGAACACCGCGGGCGUCGACGCCAUGGGCUCACCCCGGAAGAACGCGUUGACGAAAGAAGAACUCUGAACACAACCGCGGGGAUGUUGUGAGAGAGUCACGCGGAGUGGAUUAUUAUUGUGGUUAUUUAUGAAGAUGUUGAUGAUGAUGAUCGCGACGUGUUCUCUCAGCAUCGUGACGGUGGUGCUGUCCAACUUGCACAUGUCCGCGGGCAGCAACCGACAUGCGGUGUACUGGAACAGCUCCAACAUACUGUUGCAGCGAGAAGGCUACACGGUGCAGGUGCGUGUCAACGACUACCUGGACAUCUACUGCCCGCACUACAACACCAGCCUGCGGGGGACGCUGGAGCGCAGCGUGGCCGAGCAGUACAUCCUCUACAUGGUCAGCUACCGCGGCUACCUGACCUGCGACCCCCGGCUGGGCUUCAAGCGCUGGGAGUGCAACCGCCCGCACGCUCCUCACGCGCCCAUCAAGUUCUCGGAGAAGUUCCAGCGCUACAGCGCCUUCUCGCUGGGCUACGAGUUCACCGUGGGCCAGGAUUACUACUACAUCUCCACGCCCACUCACCAUCACCACGGCCACAGCUGCCUGAGGAUGAGAGUCUACGUCUGCUGCUCCACUGUCUCCCAGGUGGACGACGACUCCAGCCAGACUUCCACCGCCUACACAGUGAGGCCGAGUAUCAAAAUACACAACAUCGACGAGUUCAACCCAGAAGUUCCCAAGCUGGAGAAGAGCGUGAGCGGCAGCAGUCCGUCACGUGACCGCCUCCUCAUGACGGUGGCCGCCAUGCUGCUGGUCGGCGCCCCCCUCCUGUCCUAGCGACACCACUCGGACCACGCCUUUUUUUUUUUUUUUUUACGGAAAGGGCUUCGCCGAGAUGUAAAUCAAACAAGAAGAGAAAUGACCGGGUUGAAAAAAAAGAACCAAAAACAAGU